AUGACCGAACACUCUCUGACGGAAGGUCUCUUGACCUUUUGGCAUUCGUACCGUUUACUAUUUCUCGUGGCCUUUUCAACCGGUUUCGUGAUCAUCAGAUUCUAUCGCAAAUUCCAAACCAGGUCCAAGACUACAGCCUCCUCGUCCGUCCCGCCCUCACCUCGAAGUGCUUCGCCAGAGAAGCCCGAUAAACCUCUACUUAACGAGGCCGUUAAACCAGUAGCAACGCAAAACAUUGAAUCGCAGACAUCUUUAUCGAAUGAACCUUUGUCGAAGGCUGCCUCCGGCCCGAAGAGAGUGUCUGGUAAAAAGCCUCUCAAGGUUGCAGGACGGCGCGCACAGUCGGAUCAAGGACAACCCAUCUCCUUCAUCCAACCUAUUAUCUUCUUCGCCUCGUUGACAACGACCACCGAAAGAUAUGCUCAAACCCUGCUCGAAGAUUUGCGCGCUGCGGCCCAAAAGCGAGCUGAUUUGGAGGAUCGCGAGCGUGGCCUUCUGCCGCCUCAGAUCCACGAUCUCUCCUAUAUCGAUCUCGACGACUAUUUCACCUCUGCACCGAAGCCCCCAUCCAAUUCACCCGGAACGCGCUAUGUGUACUGCCUGUUGAUCCCUACCUACAAUAUCGAUAGUAUCUUGAACACCUUCCUUGAUCACCUCAACGAGACCCACAACGACUUCCGCAUUGAUACGGGCGCUCUGUCUAGCCUUGCUGGCUACUCCGUCUUUGGCUUCGGAGAUAAGGAAGGUUGGCCCACUGAAGAGGAGGGAUUCUGCUCGCAGGCGAAAGAGUUGGAUAAAUGGAUGGCCAAACUCACUGGUAGAAAGCGCGCAUAUCCCCUGGGUUUCGGUGACGUGAAGAGCGAUGCCGAAUCUGCUCUAAAGGAAUGGUCGCAGGGUCUCCAGGACGUCUUGCUCGAUAUUCUAGAAAAUGGCGGGCUGGGAGAAGGUGUCCCCGGUAGUGGUGAUGCCGUCGAGAGCGACGAGGAAUUGGACGACGAAGACCUGGAGAACGGCGUCAAGGGAAACAACAAGCGGCGCAAGGCUCAAGAUGUUGUUGAUUUGGAAGAUAUCAAGUUUGGUGCCGAUCCCCAGAACACGACCGGUGCUCCUGUCCCAGUUGAUUUCACCACUACCAAACAGUCCGCUCCGGCUCCAGCGACCGAGAAGGAGAUGGUUCCUAAAACGUCACCCACCUACGCGGCUCUCACCAAGCAAGGCUAUACCAUUGUUGGCUCUCACUCUGGUGUCAAGAUCUGUCGCUGGACAAAAUCUGCGCUCCGUGGUCGAGGCUCAUGCUACAAAUUCUCUUUCUAUGGCAUUCGGUCCCAUCUCUGCAUGGAGGCUACACCAUCCCUGUCCUGCAGCAAUAAGUGUAUCUUCUGCUGGCGUCAUGGUACUAAUCCUGUUGGAACAACGUGGCGCUGGAAGGUUGACUCACCGGAGCUGAUCUUCCAAGGAGUCAAAGAAGGCCACUACAAGAAGAUCAAGAUGAUGCGUGGCGUUCCUGGUGUACGAGCUGAGCGGUUUGCUGAGGCCAUGCGCAUUCGGCACUGUGCAUUGAGCCUGGUUGGUGAACCGAUUUUCUAUCCUCACAUCAAUCAGUUCUUGGAUAUGUUGCACGAGGAACACAUUUCUAGCUUUCUGGUUUGCAACGCUCAACACCCCGACCAGCUAGAAACGUUGCACCGCGUGACUCAGCUCUAUGUCUCCAUUGAUGCCAGCAACCGCGAGAGUCUCCGGAAGAUCGACCGUCCCCUUCACCGUGACUUCUGGGAGCGUUUCCAGCGCUGCUUGGAUAUCCUACGGGAGAAGCGCCAUGUUCAGCGUACAGUGUUUCGCCUUACAUUGGUUAAAGGAUUCAACAUUGAUGACGAAGUCAUUGGUUAUGCCAACCUUGUCGAGAAGGCGCUGCCGUGUUUUAUUGAAAUCAAGGGUGUCACAUACUGUGGCACAAGCACUAGCGCCGGAGCCGGUUUGACGAUGCAGAAUGUUCCGUUCUACGAGGAGAUCGCCGAGUUCGUGACUGCUCUUAACAGUGAGUUGCAGCGCCGUGGUCUAGACUAUGGCAUUGCCGCCGAACAUGCGCACAGUUGCUGUGUGCUCAUUGCAUCUGAGCGUUUCCAUGUCAAUGGUAAAUGGCAUACUCGGAUUGACUACGAUCGUUUCUUUCAACUGUUAGAAAAGGAGAAGGCCGACGGCACACCCUUUACCCCCGAGGACUAUAUGAGGGAGACUGAGGACUGGGCACUCUGGGGCAAUGGUGGCUUCGAUCCGAACGACGAACGUGUAUACAGGAAAGGGAAGAAGAAGCAGCUACAGGUUACUGCAGAGGCGUGA